CAGACCCCCCCGUCCCUCCCUCCCUCUCUUUCUCCUUUCCCCGCCGCCUGUCCUGAAAGCUAUAAACGGAUCAGCGUCUCUCCGCAGCCUCUGCGCUCCUGCUGCCAACCUGACACCGGCCAGCUCUCAGCUUUAGUGGACUAGUGACUUCUGCCCUGUGGUCAUCAUGGGAAAGGAGAAGCUCCACAUCAACAUAGUCGUGAUCGGCCAUGUGGACUCUGGCAAGUCCACCACUACAGGACACCUCAUCUACAAGUGCGGUGGCAUCGACAAGAGAACUAUUGAGAAGUUUGAGAAGGAAGCUGCUGAGAUGGGAAAGGGUUCAUUCAAGUACGCCUGGGUGCUCGACAAGUUAAAGGCAGAGAGGGAGCGUGGCAUCACAAUAGACAUCUCACUUUGGAAGUUUGAGACCAGCAAGUACUAUGUUACCAUCAUAGAUGCUCCAGGCCACAGGGACUUCAUCAAGAACAUGAUCACUGGUACCUCUCAGGCUGACUGUGCCGUGCUCAUUGUAGCGGCAGGCGUGGGAGAGUUUGAGGCCGGCAUCUCUAAGAACGGACAAACUCGGGAGCACGCUCUCCUGGCGUACACACUCGGCGUGAAGCAGCUGAUUGUGGGCAUCAACAAAAUGGACUCGACCGAGCCAAACUACAGCCAGAAGCGCUACGAGGAGAUUGUGAAGGAAGUGAGCACGUACAUCAAGAAGAUCGGCUACAACCCAGACACCGUCGCCUUCGUGCCCAUCUCCGGUUGGAAUGGAGACAACAUGCUUGAGCCAAGCCCAAAUAUGACAUGGUUUAAGGGGUGGAAGAUUAACAGGAAGGAUGGCAGUGCAUCAGGGACCACGCUAUUGGAGGCUCUGGAUGCCAUUCAGCCCCCAACCCGCCCAACAGACAAACCCCUCCGACUUCCCUUGCAGGACGUCUACAAAAUUGGAGGUAUUGGAACUGUGCCUGUGGGCCGGGUGGAAACAGGAUUACUGAAGCCUGGCAUGGUUGUGACGUUUGCGCCCGUUAACGUGACCACCGAGGUGAAGUCUGUGGAGAUGCACCAUGAGGCACUGACGGAGGCCCUCCCAGGCGACAAUGUGGGCUUCAACGUCAAGAAUGUGUCUGUGAAGGACAUUCGCCGUGGCAACGUGGCUGGGGAUAGCAAGAACGACCCUCCACAGGAAGCUGCCAACUUCACUGCUCAGGUGAUCAUCCUCAACCAUCCUGGGCAGAUCAGUGCUGGUUAUGCUCCUGUGCUGGACUGCCACACUGCUCAUAUUGCCUGCAAGUUUGCAGAGCUCAAGGAAAUUGACCGCCGCUCUGGCAAGAAGCUGGAAGACAAUCCCAAAUCUCUCAAAUCUGGAGAUGCCGCCAUCGUUGACAUGAUUCCUGGCAAGCCUAUGUGUGUUGAGAGUUUCUCUGAGUAUCCUCCGUUGGGUCGGUUCGCGGUGCGCGACAUGCGUCAGACCGUGGCCGUGGGAGUGAUAAAAGGUGUGGAGAAGAAAGUGUCUACCACGGGUAAAAUCACCAAGUCUGCUCAGAAGGCCCAGAGGAACAAAUGAAUGUUGUGCUGCACUGCCGACCACAAGGUCUUCCAAGGCAGGACAGCCCUCAUCCAACUCCAUCUUGUGAUUGGCCACUUCAACUUAAUAAUCAAAGACUGGUUAAUCAUCACAAUGCAUCGCAAAAGCAUUCGAAGGAAAGAAAGAUGUUAGAUCUUCAGUCCAUGUUGCCAUACUCCUGAAUCCAUCUCAGUGGCUAGACUACCAUUGUGUAACAUGUGGUAACAAGAAGUUAAAACAAAAGAAAACAACAUGGUACUAAAUGUGAGCUGUUAAUUUGGUUUAUGGUAAUACUUUUCUGUGAUACUGAACAAAUACACUUACUCUGUAAAUCGUAGCUGUCUAGAAUUAUGGUCUUGGGUCUCCUUACAUGUUCUGCUUUAAGUGUUUGCACCUACUUACUGCUCAAUGUGAACCAAUAGCAAGAGUUAGACAUGUUGGCUAGAACCGUUUUAGUGUAUUAGUGAAACAUCUGUUGUAUUUAAGCUUUAAAUACCGCGUAGAAAAAGUUUAAGCCUGUCCUUGAAGGGACUCAAAACAGCCUGAAGCACUUUGAUUGGCAUUUUGCUAAUUUUGCACUUUCACCGAGGAAUACUGAAUUGGCAUAAGCUACCGCACCUUAUUGUGAGAUGGCAUGAGCCUCUUUGCAACAUUAAACAUCUCUCAACCAAAGCA